AUGGAGGUGGAGGUGCGCGAAGAGGCUUCCGCGGAGAGAGCCUCAUCUCGUUACCCCAUUACAUUGCUGGGCAACAACACUCCUGGAUAUCCUGUACAAGAUGUCCAGGUGGUGGUGGUCCGUGUCGAGGAAAUCCUGCUUGUGGCCCUGGUCCUGGUCAUCUGGGUGGCGGCCAUCGCGCUCUUCUUCAACCGCUGGGGCAAGAUCCGCAUGCUGGAGCCCUACCAGCCCAAGUUCUGCCAGCAGCCGCACCGCCCCUCCUGCCCGCUGGCACCGCUCAGUCCGCCCGGCGUGUCCAGCCAAGUGAGGGGAGAGCCGCCCGCUCAGAGCAGUCAGACGGGGAAGCCCGCCGCGCUCAGGAAUCAGAAGUCGAUCGCGCGAAUGUCCUUCUCCAAGUACAACGUCAACGCUUUAACCGAUCCCCUCUCCGUUCUCCCCUCCCCAAUCAUCCGUCGCCAGCGGCAGAACUCCGUCUUUGUCGGCAGCACGUGCAUCGCCAUGCUGAACCCGCCGCCCAGGAGGUCCAAGUCGGCCGUGGAUAUCCAGCAUCUGGUGGUCAAUGAGCACAGUCCCACCGCCUCGCUGUCAGGCUCCAUAAUCCCGAUCCUGAACAAAGAACGAAGAACCUCUCUGAUAACCAUCGAACGACCCUACUACUCGCGCCACAGACCAUCCAUUACAGUGGACCGACCCUACAUCCACCACCACAGGUCCAGGAGACUCUCCUGCUUCGCAGACCGAGUCCAGCACCGCCACAAGAACUUCAUGAGCUUCGAACAGAGCUUCGACAGAAAAACUCCGCCCACAAUCGAGGAAACGCCCUCCACCAGCUACGAGACUCCCCUCGAAGCGGUGGAAGCUGGAGCUUCAGUCGAAGCUGGACCUUCGGUGAGCACUGGAGCCAAGCCUAAGGUGUCCAGGAGCUUCGAGCAACCGAGCGACCAACGGAGGUCGCGGCCUGAGAGAAUGGCUACCAGCUUGGACGUGAGUUCGUUGGUCUUUGAUAGGAGGUGUUCCAUUCCUGAGGAGGAUCGGGCUUCGCCGGUGUCGAUUAACUUGGAGGAGUGUAAGGUUACGGCGCCUCUGCUGGAAGGUUUGGAGAGUUCCGACGUUUGA